GCUCCCGGCGCAUGGCACCCGCCGCCCAGUCGCCGCGGUGGCUGCCGGGAUGCGCCGCAGCGAAUGGUCGCGCCGGGCCGCCGCUCUAACUGACCUUUCACCCGCGCCCAGCGGUCCCGGGCGGCGGCACAAGGCGGAAGCCAUGGCGGAGGCGGCGGCUGUAGCGGGCGGGACGGGCGUGGGCACAGGCUGCUGUUCUGCAGCGGACCGGGACCGAGACCCGGACCCGGAUCGAGACCGUGCCGGGCGGAGGCUCCGGGUUCUCUCCGGUCAUCUGCUGGGCCGGCCCCAGGAGGCUGUGAGUACCAAUGAGUGCAAAGCGCGGAGAGCCGCGUCGGCGGCCACGGCGGCUCCCACUGCCACUCCCGCCGCGCAGGAGUCGGGCACCAUCCCCAAGAAACGGCAAGAAGUUAUGAAAUGGAAUGGAUGGGGAUAUAAUGAUUCCAAGUUCUUCUUCAAUAAGAAAGGCCAAGUUGAGUUGACUGGGAAAAGGUACCCUCUUAGUGGCAUGACUUUACCAACUUUUAGAGACUGGAUCCAAAAUACCCUUGGAGUAAGCCUGGAGCAUAGAACUACCUCUAAAGCAUCCUUAAAUCCUAGUGAUACACCUCCUUCUAUUGUAAAUGAAGAUUUUCUUCAUGACCUUAAAGAAACCAAUAUUUCAUAUUCACAAGAAGCAGAUGAUCGAGUAUUUAGAGCUCAUGGUCAUUGUCUUCAUGAGAUAUUUUUGCUCAGGGAAGGAAUGUUUCAGCGAAUUCCUGAUAUAGUUUUAUGGCCAACAUGUCAUGAUGAUGUAGUUAAGAUUGUGAAUCUAGCGUGCAAAUAUAACCUUUGUAUCAUACCAAUUGGUGGAGGAACAAGUGUAUCAUACGGCUUAAUGUGUCCUGCAGAUGAGACAAGAACAAUUAUUUCUUUGGACACUUCACAAAUGAAUCGAAUCCUCUGGGUUGAUGAGAACAAUCUGACAGCUCAUGUAGAGGCUGGUAUAACAGGACAGGAUUUGGAAAGACAGCUUAAAGAAAGUGGUUACUGUACAGGUCAUGAACCGGAUUCCCUGGAAUUCAGCACUGUGGGAGGAUGGGUAUCUACUCGGGCAUCGGGCAUGAAAAAGAAUAUCUAUGGCAAUAUUGAGGACCUGGUGGUUCAUAUAAAAAUGGUAACACCUAGAGGUAUAAUAGAAAAAAGCUGUCAAGGACCUCGUAUGUCAACAGGCCCUGAUAUCCAUCACUUCAUCAUGGGAUCUGAAGGAACUCUUGGUGUGAUAACAGAAGCUACAAUAAAAAUCAGACCAAUCCCUGAAUACCAAAAGUAUGGCUCAGUAGCUUUCCCUAAUUUUGAACAAGGAGUAGCCUGUUUAAGAGAAAUUGCAAAACAGAGAUGUGCUCCUGCAUCUAUUCGCCUCAUGGACAACCAACAGUUUCAGUUUGGUCAUGCUCUUAAACCUCAGGUUUCCUCUAUUUUUACAUCAUUUUUGGAUGGCUUAAAAAAGUUUUAUAUUACAAAGUUUAAAGGAUUUGAUCCAAAUCAGUUAACUGUUGCUACAUUACUAUUUGAAGGGGACCGUGAGAAGGUUCUUCAACAUGAAAAACAAGUGUAUGACAUUGCUGCAAAAUUUGGUGGGUUGGCAAUUGGAGAAGAUAAUGGACAGAGAGGUUAUUUGCUGACCUAUGUCAUUGCGUAUAUUCGAGACUUGGGUUUGGAAUACUAUAUAUUAGGAGAGUCUUUUGAGACUUCUGCUCCUUGGGACAGGGUUGUGGAUCUCUGUAGAAAUGUAAAAGAACGAAUAACAAGGGAAUGCAAAGAGAAGGGUGUUCAGUUUGCUCCUCUUUCUACAUGCAGGGUGACGCAGACUUAUGAUGCAGGUGCAUGUAUCUAUUUCUACUUUGCCUUUAACUACAGGGGAAUAAGUGACCCACUGACUGUGUUUGAACAAACCGAGGCAGCUGCUAGAGAAGAAAUCCUUGCUAAUGGAGGGAGCCUCUCACAUCACCACGGAGUGGGCAAGUUACGGAAGCAGUGGCUAAAGGAAAGUAUCUCUGAUGUCGGCUUUGGGAUGCUGAAGUCCGUCAAGGAAUAUGUGGACCCCAAUAACAUCUUUGGAAACAAAAACCUUUUAUAAAUCCAUUACUGUUGUUACAAAAAAAUGUCACUUUUUUUUUUUUUUUUAAGUCUUCAACUAUGGUUAUACCAGUAAUCAAAUAUAUCAUGGAUUGUAUUUCAGCAAAAUUUUUUUGUUGGUUUUAAAUAAGUUGUUUCUGUAUUUGUUUUGUUUCUACAUCUAUGGAUUGACAGAUGGUAUUCCUAAAUCUCUCUCAUUGUAGGUGCAUCAGUUUACAGCCAACUGGUUGUCAUUUCAAAUUUUAGUCAGGUGGCACAGGGCUGCUAGUUGUUAUUUCAGAGGAAGAUGCUGCCAGCUGUUUCGUGUUGAUGCUUCCCCUUGGGAACAAAGGGAGAUUUUGGUGUCAUCCACUGCUUAUCUAGCCUCCCUUUUAAGGACGUUUCUGGAAAGCAGUCAUCUGGGGAAGGAUGCCACUGAGGAGUGAUAACACAUGUAUGUUUUUUAAGAGUGCAUUCUAGUGUGAGUAGGUCAUUAAGAAGAAUACUAAUGAAAGAAUAUAGGCAACCUGUUAUUUAGGAUGCCUUCAGUUCGGUGAGAUGCUUGGCCUACAUUUUUCUUUGAAAUUAGUAUACGUUUAUAAAACCUGAGAUGAGCAAAAAGUUAUUGUUAGGGGACAUGUUUCUAUUCUCCACGUUUCUGUUUCUACUGGGGUAUGAGUUGAAUGUGUAUCACCGAGAUAACUUCUUGUUAUAUCCUAGUUCCUUCAUAGUAUGUUUUGUAAGAAAGCUGACUUAUCACUCAUUGUAUGUGAACAGCAGGUUUACCAUGAAAUGAAUGCCUUUAUUCAGCUUAGAAUCCUAAUGUCUCUGAUUUCACAUUCUUGUUGCUGAGAUGCAGAAGAAACUGCAACCGGAGCAGAAGAAGGAAGACUCCUUACACUUAAUGUCUCCAGUUUGAAGAAUUGUUUGACUAAUGAAACACACUUACCAUUUAGCUGUUGAAUUUGAAAACCUCAAGAGUUUCAAUGACAAUUUUUUUUUUAAUUAACCCAAACAACCUGAUAAAUUGUCAUAUAAAAGUAAAGUUUCAAUUUAGUUUUUAAUAGUGGUUUAAUGCCUUUUUUGAAUUACUGGUUUAACCUAAAUUUUGAAAAUAUGUAAUGUAUUAAUACACAAACCAUAAUCAAAAGUUUGAAAUAUCAUAUUUCUUAAGUAAUAGGGAGAACAUUAAUCACAUUUCACAAACAUUUUUACAUUCAAGCCUGGAUGUUACAAGAAGUGAAAUGAUUACUUUGAAUCACUAUCUGUCAAGGUUCAUGUCAUGAUUCACAUUUCGGAAUGGAUUCUUUUCUUAAUGCAAUACCUAACUUUUGAUAAUUUUUUUAAAUUAAUAUUUGAUCAGAUAAUGUACGUCAAGAUGCAGACGAUCCUUUAAAAGGACACACUGUCUGUCUAUGUAGCAACAGCUCCAAAGUAUUUUGGGGCAGUUUGAUACCUUUUAUAUCUGAAGUAUACUUAACCAGAAAAGUAAAAAUUUAAAUUGACAAAAUAGUAUUUUUAAGACUUCAAAAUGAUAAGCAAUUUUUAAUAAAAUUGGCCUCAAACUAAUAAACUUAAAAUCUGUAAGCAAAUCAAAAUUAAAUACUAGUUUAACAACAAAAACUAAAUAUUUGUUAGAAGCUGCCUCUCUUCAUUGGUGAUUUAUUUUUAGUUAUAAAAAUUCCAGCAAAUCUUAGCAUUAAAAGCCCUUGAUAUUUGAAAUAGUUGGAUGCUUGAUGAGGAAAUUACACUUGCCUCUAGAAUUAUAAAAAAAAAUAUCAGCUUUAUAAAAUGGAUCUAUUCAUGAAGGUAAUUUCUCUAACUGGUGAUCAAAAUGUAAAAUUUAAUACAGUACUAAUAUCUCACUGAAGUGUAUACUUGUUUCUGAGUAAUUUUUUUUCAAUAAAAUUUACAGAUUCAUAAGCAGAUCCAUUCCUUUGCAAGUGAUUGUUAUAACAUUCUUUCCCAGGGAGUUCAGAUUUCAACAACCUCAGAAAUCUGUAUUUGGUAUUAGGAAACUAUAAAUGUCACAGCUGAAAGUUGUGUUCACUGUUCUACAUGAACCUUACGGAAAUUAGUGAUUUAUGUCUUUGUUUUUCUUCUUCCAUGUAUGCAGAACUCCCCAAUCUUGAUUUUAUAGUGAUGACUACAUUCUGUUGUUGGAAUCAUUUCUACAGGGAUCAUUUUGAAACACACAAACACUCACCAGUGCUGUUUCCCUCUGAUUUAGUAAACCAGAAAGCCUUUUCCCCACUUCUCACACCUGCUUCUGAGAGGUACCUCGGCAUGUACUUAGUUUCCGUGGAGAACUGAGUUCUUGAAUAUGCACAGAAGCACUUAAACCUUGCCUCGUAUUUCUGAAAUAUCUGAAAAUGGCUUCAUAAAAGUUAAAGCCUGGAGAACAUGGUUUAUGUGAGGCUUUUAAACUCAUUUUGAAUAAGUUUGUUUAAAAUUUUAAAAUCUCAUAUCCUAUCUGGUUUUUAGUACUGCAUAAACGUUGACUUGUCUUUCUUAAAUCAGUCAUAUUUCUAAUAAUUCAUUGAUGUCACAUUUGGGUUGAGGUUUUAGUGGGACUAGGAACUUGCUGCUAGUGAGAAGUGGCAUUGAAUACUAAAGACUCAGUAUGAACAGGCUUUAUUGACCCUUAGAGAAACUGUUGCCUUAAUGUUUGGUGCACAAGUACAGGCACAAGUGAAUUUUGUCUUAUAAUGAGUAACUUGAGCUUUUUUAGUUUCAUAAGAAUUGUAGAAGCCACAUGUUUAUUGUGCCCAGCAUUUUACCACAGAGAAAGAGGAUUGAAUUCUUUCCUCUUCGGAGGAAUUGGGCGUUUGCUUCCUAACUGCUUACAGAUUACACUAUUACUUAAGAGUUAUUUAUGAAGCUGGAAGCUUUCUAGUGCACAUAGUUGUGUUGACGUAUUUUGGAAAACAAAAGUGCAAUAAAGGAUGAGCUUCCAUCAGUAUGUGUACUGUGUCAGAUACAGAUGGUUGCAAGGAAACCUGUGUUUCAGAGUAUUUCCUUAGUAACUGCUAAGUCCUAGCUUGCAUUUUUGAAAAUGCCUUUCUGCAUGUUGGCUCCAGAGAUAUUUCUUCGUCAUUCUCUUUCAUAGCUACAACUUCUUAACCAUAGCUAAUCAAAGAAGUCCUGUAGUCUCAAGCUGAAGUGUGUAACCUCAGCUGUUAAAAAUGGGACUGGGUUUGGUUGAACAUCUAUUAUAAAUGUAGAAACACAAAUAGUUAUUUAUUAUGGAUUGAUUCACAAAUUGCAUGUGCUUGGUACGUGAAGCAGCCAAAAUGGAAUGCUGUGGAAAGUGUUCUCUACAUUUUAAGAAAUACUGAGAUGGGCAUUAAGGACAGCUUUAAUAGCUUUUCAUUUACCACUUGAUCUUUGGUAACUUUGAUUUUAAUUACGGCUUAACUCAUGGUGGGAGAAAAGCUGAAAACAAGUGCCAGUUUCAGAUUGAAGAAUACAGAAUCACCUUUGGCUUUACAAGUUAGGGAAGCGAGGCUUUGCUCAAGGCUCCAAAUGAGCCAUAUGUCAAUAUAUUCAUUGGAUUCUUAUUAAUUUCAGUGUCCUGAAUUAAUGUAUACAUUGAUGCUAAAAUUCAGAAAAUGUAAGUCUUUUUCUUAACUAUUGAAUAGGGUGUCUACUAUGAAGGAUGUAAGUUACUCGGCUUUCUGCUUCCUAAGCCACAGUGUUUGUCUUUAGCUUGGAAUUUGUAAAAACUACUUGUAACGUCAACAGGUUAUAUUAACAUAUAUUACUAAUAAAAUGCACCCGGGUCUAAGAGAUUUUGUUUUCUUCAAAGGGAGUGGGAAGCUCACUGUUCUGUUUGCAUAUGGGUUUUUCUUUCAAUUUUAAUUUUUCAUUUUCAUAUUUCUGAUUUGAAAACAAAAUUUUUAUAAUUUUAUUGAUGAAGCAUAAUCAAGUCCCUUUAGAGUAUAUUGUUAGCUAGGUUUUAUCACCCUAAUUAUUUUUUAAAUCAGUGUUCUAUUUCUUGGAGGUGUUUAGUCUCCUGUGAACCUGAAGCAUUCCAGUUUGAACCUAGAAAGCUCCUCAGAGAAUGAGCACUGUGCUCUUCUGACCACAAUAAUUCCUUAACAAACGUCAAUGAGGACCACUGACAGAUGAUGGAACACUCAAGCCAAAGAACCAUCACAGAAUGAAAGUAACUUUAGUUCAGUGAACAUAAAAAGAUUUCUUCUUUGGUUCCCAAAGGAGAUUGUCUUACACAUUUUUUUCUCACAAGGAAGAAAAUAAUAUAUUAAGCAUCAUUAAGAACAUUUUUCAGAGACUGAACUUCCAAAUCUAAGAGGGAAAGAGGAAAGAGAAGGGAAGAAAAUGCUUUAGUGUGGAUUUCUAAGCAGCAUGCAUACCUGUUUUUCAGGCAUCUUAUUGUUAGCAGUGUUUUUCAUGAACAUGAGCACCCUUGAAAACGUGUUGUUUAAUCCUUAAAGUAACCUUGUUCACAUAUCCAUGAAGGACAUGAAAUUCUUCUACUGGUAUACGGUUUCUAUAAUUAUUUUUUGGGCUACUUAAAGAAUAUCCCCAAAAGUUCACAGUGCCUUGUUGGGAUUUUUUUUUUUUUCCCCAUGAAAUAGCCAUUAUUUAAAAUGGGUGGGAGAGGGUAAGUGUUUAAAGACUGAGAUUGUUUAGUAGUUCAGGGCUGUUCCUCUUCAAGAAUAUGUCAGGAAUUAAGUAGUUAUAGGUAGAAACACUGAAAAUCCUUUCCACAGUGUGGGUUUGGAUCACCUAUUCUAGUAUGUUUCACUAGUUAUAUGGUGGACCUGUACUCUCAUAUAUCUGUUCAGUCAAUGGGAUUUAUAUGUACUUUCAUUCUUAGAUUUUCAUUCCUACUGUCCCAACUUCGUAGCCCUAAGAUGUGGCUUAGUGGAUGUGGCAUACUCACUCAGUCCCUGAGACACCCACUAUAUGCUUCUGGAUGUUUGCUCACACAGCUCCUGUGGAGCAGAGCCUGUGGGGGGAGGGGGGGUUCUAUUCCUUAUGUUGCGUGUCAGUCCUUUUUUCUGUGAUGGUGCCUUCAGAAAAAUGAGUAUCUCUGUUCCUGGACAAUGAUAAAUCUUAUGAGAAAUAUGUGUAGAUUAUAUUUCUUAAUUUUUGUCCUUUUUAGCUAAGCCUGUGGAAUACUUUGGCUCUGAUACAACUUGACUUGAAUAAUAUCUUAUCCUGAGUCUUCCUCCAAGGCAGUACAUAUUCCUGCCAGUACUGUAGUAAUCUUUUGGGAACUACAUGUGGGUAAGCUCUUGUAUGUAAGCCAUUAUACUGCUGUAACUAAUGCAUACAAACAGUUCUUCUCUUUACAUUUAUGGUUUAAACAUUGGUAUGUAGUGGAAAGGGAAAUUCCUGAGAGAUCUCAACAUAGUUUUGUCAGUUCAGACUGAGCCAUGUUGUUUUCCACAAGGGCUCAACACAUGGUCUAUAUACUGUGCUUUUGGUGUAUGUUUGGAUUCUCCUUUUAUUGCUUUUCCUAGACUGUACUGUUCUAUAAGCAAAUGCCCAUGUGUGAUUUUUAAGACGUGCUGGGAAGAAAUAAAACAAUACCAAAACCA